AUGAGGCGGUGCCUGGGUGCGUUGAGCAUCAGCAUGGGUCUUCUAGUCUCUCCGUUGACAAUCGGAUUCUGUCGUCGGAAAUCCACCCGGCUAACAGCCGUCCUUGGCGGGCUUGUGACAGCUCUCGGUUGCCUUUUCACCUCUUUUGCCACCAAGUUCCACCAACUGUUCCUCUCCUACGGAACGUUCAUUGGAAUCGGCGUGGGGUUGACCAGGGACACGUCCACGUUGAUGGUGGGGCAGUACUUCAAGCGGCGGCGGGAAUUGGUGGAGAUGUUGGUCGUUUCCGGCUCUGGGAUCGGCCUCGCCAUCAUGUCCGUCUUCCUCAAACUUGCCAUCGCGUCGAUCGGUUGGAGGCUGGGUCUGCAAGCAGUGACGGGAGCAGUGGUGGUGACAUCGAUCCUUGGGACAUGUUACCGGUCGGCGACGUUGUACCAUCCCCAGAGGAGGGCUAUUUUACACCUGAAGACCCAGAAGCGUAAGGUGAAAGGAGUUGGUGAGAAGGGGAAUCGAGGGGGAGACUCAGACAAGCCUCCCAUCUUGGAUUUUCAACCUCUCAAGAGUCGAACCCUCCAAAUCCUCCUAUUCUCCACCGCGCUCUCUGCCCUCGGCAUCCACACUCCUUUCCUCUUCCUCGCGCAGCAGGUGGAGGAGGGUCGAGUGGGAGGGUCGUUACUGUUGCAAGUAUUCCUGGGUCUGGCAUGGACCCUGGGCUCCUGGGCAUUUGGGAUCCUCGUCCUUCAAAACUCCACCGACUGCCGAAUCGCCAGACUCUACCUUUGCCAAGCAUCGGUGUUCAUGUGUGGAGUGUGUUUGUUGGCCUUUCCUGCCGUGGACGGGUACCACGGGCACGUCCUCUUCGUCUGGAUCUACGGUGUCUUCUGCGGAGGUUACCACUAUACCCUGAAGAUGUACACCUUCGAAAGGGUCCGGGCGAGGAAUUUUCCCAGAGCUUGGGGUUUCGUCCAAUGUUCUCAGGCUCUCCCCAUCGCCAUCGGGGUCCCCGUCUCCGGCUACAUAAACGUGAGCGUGGGCGGGAAAGCUGGCUACUACUUUAGUGCCGCGUCCAUGCUUGCGGCCAGCGUCUCCCUCUUCCUCAUCCCAGUCCGCGAGCGACGACGUCGCCUCCUCAAAGCCAAAGCCAAAGCCCAAGGUCAAGGUCAAGGUCAAGGCCAAGGCCAAGGCCACCCGUCCAACGACGACGUUAGGAAGCCGGAGCGGAAGCCUAAGAAGGGCUCGUUCGACCUAGGGGACUUAGACGACCGGGAUGGAUCGGACCCUCUAGCCCUGUUGCAACAGCUCCGAUCUGUGAAACCCGGGCAGCUUUCGGCCUUGUUGCAGGAAAUGUCAGAUGCGGCCGCGGGGAAAGCAGAAUUGACAUGCAUUUCCGAGGAAGGGAUCGCGGAUAUGGAUCUCCCCGACCACCUGCUCGACUUCGAUCUCGACGACCUCGCUUUCGCUGACUGCAUCACCUCCUGCAACCAGAUGGAGAAUUAUCUCCUCAUGAGCGAGUUCGAAGCGAAUCUCGAGUUCGAUCUCCAAAGUCCAACGACGUCUAGUGGAGAACGGGAUCGAGACCGGGAUAGGGAGAGGCGGACUAGUGGAAAUGGGGGACGGCGCAGAUCUUCUCUCGCUCGUCUGGGCUCCUCCAGCGGUCGCUCUGCCGCUGCCGCUGCCGCCGCUCCUUCUCCUGAAUCUGGAUCCAAAGCCCUCCUUGCCUCGCCACGCCGGCAGAGCUCUAGGAAACUAAUCGCCAGUGCAAAAAUGGAGACGGUUGAGGAAGAACGGAGUACGAAUCUAUGA